AAGACAACCAGGGCGUUGCUCAAGAUUAAUUUGUAGAAACAGAUAUCAGAACAGACCGGAAAUCUUUAUUCAGCUCUUCAACAUUUUUGAGAAAAAUGUCGUUCACCCCUUUGGGGCUUUUCUAUUUUUAGCAUCAGCUGUUGUAACACAAAGAUUAGCUACUCCACAUAUUGUUUCGCAGAUGUGGGCAGCGCGCGGCGUCUGUGGCGAAAGGGCGGCGGUGGUUUGAAGCCGAGGAGGACGGAGAUGAGGCGGGGAAAUAUGUCGGCUUGAACACAUCUCUCUGGACCCGCGACGGACACGUUCACAGCGACAGGUGUAUCUCAUCAGCCACCGACUAGCUGACUUCCCACCUGUACCACCAGUGUUGAGGUAGUCAUGGCAACCAGUGCCGUGCCAAGCGACAACCUGCCAACAUACAAGCUGGUGGUGGUGGGGGAUGGCGGCGUUGGAAAAAGCGCUCUAACCAUCCAAUUUUUCCAGAAGAUCUUUGUGCCGGACUACGAUCCCACCAUCGAGGACUCGUAUCUGAAACACACUGAAAUAGACGGACAGUGGGCCAUACUGGAUGUGCUGGACACAGCUGGCCAGGAGGAGUUCAGCGCCAUGAGGGAGCAGUACAUGAGGACGGGGGACGGCUUCCUCAUUGUGUUCUCCGUCACAGACAAGGCCAGCUUUGAACAUGUUGACCGAUUCCACCAGCUCAUUCUACGGGUCAAAGACAGGGAGGCCUUCCCAAUGGUGCUGGUUGCAAACAAAGUGGACUUGGUCCAUUUGAGGAAAGUCACAACAGACCAAGGCCAGGAGAUGGCUGCAAAGCAUAAUAUAACUUAUAUUGAAACCAGUGCCAAGGAUCCCCCAAUGAAUGUGGACAAAGCCUUUCACGAACUGGUCCGAGUUAUAAGACAACAGGUUCCAGAGCGAAACCUGAAGAAGAAAAAGAAGAUGAAAUGGAGAGCAGAGCGUUCCACGGGCUCCCACAGGUUCCACUGCACCAUAUUGUGACAUCUCUCACCGUUUCUGUCCUUCCAAACACCCCAAACACACACAAACCCACACGCAUACCAACACACCUUUGGAUAUCAGGGAACCCCCCAGCAGUGCUCGACUUGCUGGAACACAAAAGGGAUGGGGGAGGACCAGAGAACAGCCUGAUGGAACACUUCUGUGCUCUUUGGAGAACAGAAGAAAAGGGAGUAAUCGCGUCAGUGGCUCCUCGUGUUUUACAGACAACAUUGUGCUAUUCUUCACCUUUCCGCGCCGCACUCGUGUGGACGAAAAGCCCCUGUGACCCCCGUGUAGGCCUCUGGGUGUUCUUCCACCGCAGAGGACACCCGCCGCUCAGUGGAUGAAUGGCUGGUGAUUUAGCCGGCUGGUGUUGGAGGAUGUUGGGUUCUUGUUAAGUGGGGUGUGAAUAACUAAGAGAGAAGCAGGUAUUUUGUGGUCACGCUUUGGUUUUGGGAGGUUAGUUGGGAGAUGGGGAAGGAAAUGUAAAGUAUCUAUUGUGGCCAAAUAGGCUAUUAUGUGAUUAACGUUCAUACAAAAAUGGAAUAAGAGAAUCAUUAAAGUAGCUGUAUUAGGGUUUUCUACAAAUACUGAUCUGUUAAGGGCCAAGUUUACAGAGAUUUUUUACUGAAGAUUAUUUUCCCACAUGUAUAUGGACAGUGCAAAAGAGCCACUUUAUUUGACCAGUUAUUUCAAAAUAGUUAUUGAUCUUUGGGCUGCCUCUAAUAAGUUUCAUUGAGCAAUCCACAAUCAGUACUGUAUGAGCAGGUCCCUGUGUAUUCUUUCCCUUCUUAACAAAUGAAUUAACUCCUUUCUUUCCGUGUUUUUGUAUCUUAAAGUGUAGUAAAAAUAUUUGUGAUAUGAAAAGCAUCUAAUUAUCGGUGGAAAAAGUAGACAAAUUCACUGCUGUUUUACAGAGAAUCUAUAGAACUAAUAAAUAGAUGAGAGAUGAGGAGAACUUCAUGCUUUUCCGAACAGGCUAGUGAAGCUGAUUUGCACUGGCCACUAACCAAAAUAAUGUGAUGUCACUUUAUUCCAAUCCAGGGGCUUUUCCAACUCCACCUCUGAAUUCAGGAUGUCUGGGAUGAGUAUUGCUCUGUGACGGACAGAGAAAGACAGACUGUAGUACUGAUGUGCUCCCCUCCGGCUCAAAGCCAUGUUCACCUACAGUGUGUUAGCUGAAGCAAAACCUCUCUGAAGAAACAAUGUGUUCAUUGUGUCCGUGUUUGUCCGUUUGUGGGGGUGGGGAAUGAACAAUUUAAUAACUCUGAAAUGGCAAGUACUGUUAUCGGACUUCAAUGUUGGUGGACAAGUUUCUCACGGGGACGUGAAGCUACUCUUGAAGGAAUACAUUUUUGCACUUUUAAUACAGUUUCUGACUUUCCUAUUGGCAUGUCGUUUUCUUCUCAAACCUGCAAGUCAGCUGAAAGGCACCGAGAAUAUCUGAAUGUAACAUCUAAUAACAAAGCAAGCAGAGGAGAUCGGAGUUGUAGCCUUGUGUGCCUGCGUGUCCCUGUUGCCUCGGCAGUGAUCAAGAGUAACGCGUGAAACGAUUUGGUAUUCUGUGAUUAGAGAAGAAUUGAAAGUUAAGUUCCACAUUUGGCUGUUUUUGAAUUGAGAAUGUUACAGAUGAAAAAUCAAAUGAAUGGCACCCAAAUUCACCACCUGGGAGUGGAGCCAGGAACAGAAUGAAUCUACAACACGGUUUCCAGAGUGGGACAGAAAACUUGUUUGGCUUAAGGGUUAAAAAAAAGAGAAAAAUAUGAAUGUGUUUAAUUAAAAUGUUGCAUCAUGUGUGUUUGAUACCAUUUUUGUAUUACUGACUCUUGAAAAUGUUUUUUUUUUUUUCCAACUGACUAAUUUAUUACAGUGUAUGUUACCUCAUUGUGUCCUUGGCCUUUUUCAUUUUUUGGAGCAACCAAGCUUUAUGCUAUUUUUCUCGAGGAUAAAAGAUUAAGAAACAGAGCCUAGCUAUACUGGAGCUCAUGCUGAUGGUGUGACAACAAAAGCACAAAGGGGUCGGAGCAGCUUAUCCAGACAAACCUUUGUCUCUCUGCAUGUAAAAUUGUUGCCUGGAUUUGGGUGUUGAGCUAAACCCAGACGACCUGCUGCUGGCUUUGACUUCUGAUUGGCUGUGGGGAGCAGCUCUGUCCUCUGAUUUCGGGCUAAUUGAUGAAUCUGUUCUUCUGCACCGCGGCCAGGCCGCUGUGUCCAGCUGACUUGCUCAACCUGCUGAUUAAAAUCAUUUCAAACGAGCAGAAAAAUCCACUUCUUUGACCUGUACUAUGUGAGCCAAAUGAAGUCCUAUUGUUCGGAGGUCCUUUCUGUAGUUAGUCAUGUCAUUGAUUUCUGUACGCCUUGUCGAACUUUGUCAGUAUGUGAAGGGCUGUGAACUUUGAAUUAUGACAAAAAAAAAGUUUUCUGAGCAUUUGUGUGGU